GUGAUUCCAGGUGCAAUAAUACCUGUUCACUUUGCAGCUGCUUGGGGGAGAAGGAAAACGGGACCAUUUAUUUACUGUGGGUUUCUCUCUUCAAAGCAGUUAUAGAAACAUAAUUAAAGGGAAGCUUUUCCUUACUUUCCUGGGGGCUCCUUCCUUGCUUAGCCUUGUAGGACUCGUGGUGAUGGUCAGUUUGCUUGAUUGGGCUGGAUGACUUCCCAAAGGUAAUGCUACUUCAAUUAAAUGUUUUAGGUUUUGUUUCAUGUGCUGAUGUUGCUGAUAAAUGCAAAGAGAAGGAAUUUUUUUCCCUGCUUAACCAUGGAUGCAUUUUCUCUGUGGGCUGUUUGGAGUGAAUUUUUAUGCCUUUUCUCCUACCAAAUGCAUAAUGCUAUGUGUGUUAUUUGAAUGGACAGUUAAUUCCUGUGGUGGUGGUGGGGAGAAGGGAAGGCAGUGACAUUCCUGCCUCCCUUCCCAAGUCCUCCAUGUCCUGCUUAUUGCGUCAGUCUCUCUAUUUUGAUGUUCAGUCUGUGGUGUUGUCUGACCCUUCAGCCCUGGUUUCCUGUUCCUGUUUUCUGGCCUGUUUUGCUCCUCUCUUGUUUUCAGUUGUUGAGCUACAAAAGGCACAGCAUUGGCUUGUGUGAUGUGCUGAGCCUGAGCUGUUGAGGAAACAGAUCGAGUUCCUGGUGGUGUUUUCUCAGACACCCUUUUUCAGUUUUAUUUCUAGUGAAGCUGCAAACCAGGGAUGGCAAACACUCUGCUGCUCUGUCCUGAGACACCUCUGCCAUGAGCCACUGUACCACAGCUGCUUCCAGUCACUUAUUUUGGAUCAAGCCAUCCAUGGCAGACUUCUGUCUCUCAAAGUUGGUUUUUUUUUUUCCUUCUGUUUGAUUGCAGGACCUUAGAAACACACAGCCAGAGUCCCUGCACUUGCUGGGAGUUAGGUGUGGUUUUGCAGAGUCCUUUUUCAGGCAGUACCCAAUGCCCACCCUCUGAACCCAAACAUGUUCCCAUAAAGCUUAUCUGAAUUGGGGAUUUUUACAAAAAUCCAGAUGGAAUUUUUCACCAACAAAUGUCUUCUGUGGAAACAUCAUAGUUAAGCAGUUCAGUUGCCUGAAAGAAGCUUCCAGAAACAUUGUCAAUAUAACCAAGUAAAAUCUUACACUCUCCAGCACUGGGAUGUUGAAUGAAGAAGGAAUGUGAAGGGGGAAUAUCCAGUGAGAUCCCUUUCCUGUGGAUUUUUGUUUACAAAGUAUUCUAGUUUGGAUUUUAUACUGUGGAGAAGUGCAUUAUUUAAAGCCUUGGUUCAGUGUUCACAAUGACUGAGGUGCUCUCUAGAGCAAGGCAAGAUUUUGGCAACCUUUCCUUUGGUUUUAAGGAGAGAGAUGAUUUAUACACAGUCGUUGGGUUCAUCACAAGUUCUGACCAGCUUUGCACCAGUUCCUGCCCAGGUGAGGAGCGUGUGGAGUCAUACCUGUCACACAGACCUUGGGGUUUUCUCAGUGCACUGGAGCAGCCAAACAACAGGUUGUCAUUAGGGCAGGACUCAGCUGGACAUGCAGACAGCAACAGAAAUCCUACAAAGCAGUCUUAGAAGUAGGUUGGGUGGGACCAAAGGGUUGUGCAGCCACUUUCCCCAGCCCUGGGCAGGAUCAGGUCUCCCUAAACCAUUCCUGAGCAGUGUUUGCUCAGCAGCUUCUCAGAAAACUCAGAGAGGGGCAGCUCUGUGGACUCUGGCAGUUUAUUUGACCCUUCAGAUCUUUGCAGGUCAGAAAACUUUCCCUUAUUUGACCAAGUCUCCCUUUGCUCAGUCAGAACUUCUCCCAGUGUGUUGGAAGCAGGGGAUGCAGGAUGGAGGGUGCAGGGCAGGGGUGCAGGAUGGAGGUUGCAGGGCAGAUGCAUGGCCGGAUGCACUUUAAGGGGCUCUGGAUUCUCCAUUUUAGCACGUGAGGAGGAGCAGCAGGGCUGUGUGUGGUGAGUGGUAUCUCCUUACCAGGGCUUGGAAACUGUGGUGGAGCCCAUAUGGAAGCAAAGCCAUUCCUGCUUGUGUCCCAUUUGUGAUCUGCAGAAGGGCAUCGUGUGUGCCCAGCUCCUCUCCCCUGGCUGUGAGCUGGGGGAUGUGAGGAUUCCUGCAGGAAUGCAGCCCCUGGGCCCUCCUGAGUGCUCUCUUUUUCUAAGUAGUUCUGAAAUUUGAAGCCAUGUGCCUUCUGGCUGCUGGAAUGGAAUUUUCCUUUUCCAUCUCCGAUAAAUCUGUACGUCUGAGUGCUCCUGCUCACUGCUCAGGCUCCACUCUGGUUUGUGCCUGGAGAGUGAUGUGAGAAGAGAGCAAACUCCCUUCCUAGAAGGGCUCUAUUUUUGGCUGCUCAAAGCUCUCCCAAAAUGGAGUCAAUAAAGACUUGGGCAAUAGCAGGAGUUUCCAGUGCACAGUCUGGGACAGGGAGAGACCUGCUGUAAUGAUCUCCACUGCAGGAGGAAAGUCUGGGGAUUGCACCUGGAGCGUCAGAGCCCUGACCUGCUUAGGGAAAAUUGGACUAAAUUGCAGUGAAGAUGAGGGAAGUCUCCAACAAUUAUGUUAUUAAAGGAUGUGUUCCCAUUUAUGAGCCCUCAGAACAACGACAACGAGACGGCGCUGCACUGCGCGGCCCAGCACGGCCACACCGAGGUGGUGAAGGUGCUGCUGGAGGAGCUCACCGACCCCACCAUGCGCAACAACAAGUUUGAGACCCCCCUGGACCUGGCCGCGCUCUACGGGAGGCUGGAGGUUGUCAAGAUGCUCUUGAACGCCCACCCAAACCUUUUAAGCUGCAACACUAAGAAACACACUCCCCUGCACUUGGCAGCCAGGAACGGUCACAAAGCCGUGGUCCACGUCCUCCUGGAUGCUGGCAUGGACAGCAACUACCAGACUGAGAAAGGCAGUGCUUUGCACGAAGCUGCUUUGUUUGGCAAGACAGAUGUGGUACAAAUAUUGCUGGCUGCAGGUAUUGAUGUGAACAUAAAGGAUAACAGAGGCCUGACCGCUCUGGACAUUGUGAGGGAGCUUCCUUCCCAGAAAAGCCAGCACAUAGCAGCUCUGAUUGAAGAUUACACCAUUGGGAAGAAAAGUGCCAAAGCUGCAGAGAAGUCCUCUCCAGCCCCGCUCGCUCCCGCCGCCGAUCCCACGGGCCGGACAGCUCAGGGAGAUGUGGACAAAGCCGUGACAGAGCUGAUCAUCAAUUUUGACGUGAACCCCGAAGAGGAGAGCCCCUAUGAAGCGCUGUACAACGCCACCUCCUGCCACUCCCUGGACAGCCUGGCCAGCGGGAGAUCCUCCGACCGGGACUCGGGGAACAAGGAAGCUGAACCCAGCGGCCCCAAAGCGGCCGCAGUCAGGCCUAGAGAACGUCCCCCACCGCCAGCCAAGCCCCCGCCCGACGAAGAGGAGGAGCAGCAUGUGGAAAAGAAGAUAGGUCACAGUGCUCCCUCUGAGGCCUCUGCUGCCUGGGGGAAGAGCAGGGGAAGUGGAGCUGAGGAAGAGGAACACCCGUACGAGCUGUUGCUUACAGCAGAAACUAAGAAACCGGUUGCAGUGGACAGGAAAACAAAAGACCACAGGAGGAGCAGCGGUGGCUGCAGCCAGGACCCUGCUGACAGCCAGGACAUCCAGGUGCCAGAGCAGUUUUCAGGGUUGCUUCACGGUUCUUCUCCGAUCUGUGAGAUAAGUGAGGACCCUUUCAGGCUCGUUUCCUCUGCAGAGAAGGGGGGCACAGAAGCUACAAGCCAGCCUGCUGGUAUGCAGGUGGAGGAUGCUGACUUACCUGGCUCAGGAUCGGUGCGGAGCAGCUCUCCCGACCGGGACCAGGCGGUGGUUUACGCCACGGUGCAGCACACGCACGUCAGCCGGGCGGAUCCCACGGCCGUAGUCACGCCCCACGUGCCGCAGCACCCUGGCGGUGCUGAGGAAGAGGGGGACAGAGCUGUGGGCAGGGCCCACCCGGGCAGCAAGCCCAAAGCCGAGCUCAAACUCAGCCGCAGCUUGUCGAAGUCGGACUCUGACCUGCUGACCUGCUCCCCGACAGAGGACGAUGCCAUGGGGAGCCGCAGUGAAUCGCUCUCCAACUGCAGCACUGGGAAGAAGCGGCUGGAGAAGUCCCCAUCCUUUGCUUCGGAGUGGGAUGAGAUUGAGAAGAUCAUGAGUUCCAUUGGUGAAGGCAUUGACUUUUCCCAGGAGCAGCAGAGGAUCUCAGGUUCGCGGAUGCUGGAGCAGAGCGUCGGGGAGUGGCUGGAGUCCAUCGGCCUGCAGCAGUACGAGAGCAAGCUGCUCCUGAACGGCUUCGACGAUGUUCGCUUCCUGGGCUGUAAUGUCAUGGAAGACCAGGACCUUCGGGACAUUGGGAUUGGGGACCCGCAGCACCGCCGGAAGCUGCUCCAGGCUGCUCGUUCCCUCCCGAAGUUGAAACCCCUGGGCUGUGAUGGGAACAGCCAGCCAUCAGUUCCUGCAUGGCUCGACUCCCUGGGGCUGCAGGAUUACAUCCAGUCCUUCCUCUCGAGUGGCUACAGCUCUAUUGACACUGUGAAAAACCUCUGGGAGCUUGAGAUAGUAAACGUGCUGAAGGUGAACCUGCUGGGCCAUCGGAAGAGGAUCAUCGCCUCGCUGGCAGACAGGCCCUACGAGGAGCCCCCGGCCAAGCCGCCGCGGUUCUCGCAGCUGAGAUGCCAGGACUUGAUGUCCCAGACCUCAUCGCCCCUGAGCCAGAAUGACUCCUGCACAGGCAGAUCUGCUGAUCUCCUGCUGCCCUCCGGGGACACCAGCAAGAGGCAACACGACCGUGGCACUGAGAUUGCUCCCUACUCCAGAGCUGAGCGCUACAAAGCACAGGAGGACCGUCGGGAAUCCAAGCUGACCCUGCGCCCCCCCAGCCUGGCUGCCCCAUAUGCCCCAGUCCAAAACUGGCAGCACCAGCCCGAGAAGCUCAUCUUUGAGUCCUGCGGGUACGAGGCCAAUUACUUGGGCUCCAUGCUGAUCAAAGACCUCCGAGGGACAGAGUCUACACAGGAUGCUUGUGCCAAGAUGAGGAAAUCCACGGAGCACAUGAAGAAGGUCCCGACCAUAAUCUUGUCUAUCACAUACAAAGGGGUGAAGUUCAUCGACGCCUCCAACAAGAAUGUCAUUGCUGAGCACGAGAUCCGGAACAUCUCCUGUGCUGCUCAGGACCCCGAGGAUCUCUGCACAUUUGCCUAUAUCACCAAGGAUCUGCAGACCAGCCACCACUACUGCCACGUCUUCAGCACUGUGGAUGUGAACCUGACGUACGAGAUCAUCCUCACAUUGGGGCAGGCGUUCGAGGUCGCCUACCAGCUGGCCCUCCAAGCCCAGAGAGCAAAGCCUCUUGGUGCUGGAGCAGGAGAAAUGAUUGAAACAAAAUCUUCCAAACCAGUGCCUAAACCGCGAGCCGGCAUGAGGAAAUCUGCGCUGGAUCCCCCUGAAGUGGACCAAGACUCGCAGUCUCAUGCCAGUGUCUCCUGGGUCGUGGACCCCAAGCAGGACUCCAAGCGGACCCUCAGCACUAAGUAUGAGACCACUAUCUUCUAAAGCCGACACCGCGUCCGCCCCGUCUAACCGUGCCUUUGCGAUCUGAUCUGUCUGCUCUUCUAAACUCCCUCUUCCUCCAGCUGCUCGCCCUGAGCCCGUGUAGGCACCACGUCCAAGGCAGCAGCACUUAGGAGACUGUAGACUUAAACAGCUUUUGUACCUGAUCGCUGCUGAACACUGUGAAUCUCCUUACUCGGAAACAAGGGUAACGCGCUGUAGCUGAACGUGAGGCGGGAGGAGCAGAGGGCAGGCUGGGAGUCGGAGAUGUGGAUCCAGGAAAGCCGCCUGCCGUUUUCACGUCUUCCCCCUCGCUCUGGCACUGUGAAUCCCUGGGGCAAUGUGACACUCCCCAGGCCUUUUUUUCUAUCUCACUUUGUCCUUGGACUGAUGGAGACCUCUUGUCUCUGCGGUGCACACACUCCCUUCUCCUAGAUCCUCCUCUUCCCGACUGAGCCACGGCUGUAUACUGUUCAGUGAACUCACCUCUCCUUCCUGCCAGUCGAGUUGACACUAACCACUGUGAUGCUCUCUGCAAAUAACACGCGGGCACUCCAUUUCUCACGGUGACCCUUGCCCGCAGCCUCGCUCCUCAAAGCCCGGCACAGAACCCGCUCCGCUGGGGGAGCGCUGGUUUGGGCCGGGUGUGAUCGUUCCCACUGUGAGCUCUGCCCCUCGGAGAUGAGGGGGGGGUUGGUUGCAUGCAUUUCAGUCCCUUGUAGGUUUUUCUUCACCCCAUAGUCCUCCUGUUUACACUCAUCAGACUACUCGUGAGCUCUGGGCGUAGUUCUCACGGGGCAGCCUGUGGUUAAGCUUCCAAAGGCACAUGUUGCUGUUAGCCCCGGGCUGGGGAGGGGAGGUGUGGGCUGGACACCGAAAGCAGCAGUUGGCAUCAGCAGAGAGAGGUCAGGGAGCAGCCCUGGGUUAUUUGCUCCUCAUGUUAAGGGCAGCAGCAGCUUGUCCGAGCUUUGCUGGGGCUUUAGAGCUGCUGCCUCGAAGCUUCCAUUUCCCCAGACUUGCGGCCAAAUCUGAUGUUUCAAAGUCUUUAUUUAGCUCUUUCUCAGGAAUGAGUUUGAUCUCCCAAGUCAUUUGUGACUUAAUGGUACUGAGUGGCAAACUGACUUCAGACUGAGGGCUGCGCUAGUGAGGAUCCAAGCAAGAGGACUAAAAGUAAAAGGACUGUCUUGGAGGAAAAAAAAGGAAAGCUCAGUCUAGUAAAUACAUUUCAUGUGCCACAGAGCCCCUGAUAUAGAGCCAGCACUGCCCAGGUGCUGCAGUGCCACCCUGCCAGCCCAGGCCUUGUGGACAGAACGUUGCUGUGCCUCAGGUGCUCCUCGAGGCUGGGUUUGGGUUCCAUCAGCAAAAUUCCAAGCUGUAAGAGUGCCCUAAGGUUUCUGUAUCCCUCAAAGAGAAACUGCCUCACUGGUGGGGGUGGCAGUGCAGUUUCUACGUGUAGGCAUUCACCAUGCAGUUGCCACACGUCCGCCCGACUUCAGAGGGUCUGAGCUCUGAGCUUUUCAUCUCCCCCUGCUCUCAGCUGGGAAGGGCGGGUUCCUCCACACUUCCUAAAUCUGGGUCACUAGAGCAUGUGCCUUUCUAAGGGUGACCAAGCCCAGCAGGGAUCACAGGCAGCCCUGCCCAAGCCACGACACUGCCAGUGUGUGUGUCCGUAGCCCUCGCUCUCGUGUCCCAUCUCCGGGGCCAUUCGCCUCGUCUUUCCCAGCACGUGUUUUUGUAUGACUUGGAAAUUCAUUCCAUUAUCUCCCUUUCUGUUUGCCUCUGCGAAGCUGAGCUCCAGGCAGCCGUCUCCUACCAUGGAAUGUAGUUACGGGGCAGAGACCUGGGACGCAGUGGCUGCUGACAUGAAGAUCAUCUCCCUCUGGCACAGGCGGCUGCCUUGGAGUGGGUGCGUGGCUGCUCGGUGAGGGCUCCCAGAGCAGAGGGGGAAGGGACUCAGCCCCCGCUGAGGAAAACCACUCUCUCCUUUCCUAGCGAAGGAAACUUGAGACUUGGAGGCAGAGAGCGAUGUCGCCUUUUCUAGUUUGAGACAAACGUCUUUCGACCUGUUUCUUUUUUAACAUGUGAAAUGACACAGAGCAAAUGCAGUUCACGGUUUCAAUGUAGCACCGCAGCUUUUUGUUGAGGAAAAAACCCGAAAUAUUUACUGAGAAUCCCACAGUCCAGCGAGGAGUACGAUAGAAAGUCUUAGCAGGGGCAUGGUGUGCACAUCUCUGACGGUACUUACUCUGCUUCAGCUCUGGGUGAACAGGAGAGAACGUCAAACUCUUGGAUAUUGCUUCCUCCCAUGUGAGAACCGUGCGGGGUAAGUCUGCAUCCUGUUCUCCAAGCCACUCCAUGCUUUUGUAGCAAAUGGAAGUAACUUGAGGAAAAGAGUCUGCAAAGGAUCUUUCCCCCCAGAGCGGUUGUGGCCAAUAUCCCCAAUGGUACAAAGCUUCCUUAUCCCCUGAACUGUCGCGUUGCAAUACUUGACAUUUCUGUGGCAAGGACCCCGUUUCUUCCCAUUUCCGCAUUGAAUUCCUGGGGACGACUCCCUCCUCCAGCCUCUGUGCACCUGUCUUGUUUUUAAAUGCAGUUAUGCCCUGAAGGGUUGGGGGUUUUUAAGUAUAUUCAAUUGUGAUUUAGCACUUUUUUGAUACUAGCUCAUUAUUUAAUUAGUGCAACAGUUUCAGAAGAUGAACAAAUAAGGAGUUAAACUUUGGGCAUUACACUGAAACAGUCCAUUCCUGAGGAUAAACCACAUCAGCCUGAGGGUGGCUUGGCCCUGUGCAAGCCCAGUGUCCCCAAAGACACAACCUCGAAGGUGCUGUGUGCUUGCUUUCCUUUUGAAUUACAGAGUGUUUAACAGUGGUUUGGGCUGUGACUGACGUGUUUUCAGACUGUUCCCCUCAGGGGAGAAUAUUAAUAUAGUUGUGAUUUAAAUUCUUCAGAUGCAAAAUGUAGCGCAGUGCGUCCGUUACGAUCUUGUCAGGCCUUAUCAGGGCUGUGGGACCUGCUGCUGCACGGGAACACUGUGCCCAGGUAAUUCCUGUUUAACUCCAGUUGCUGCUGUAUGUCAGGAUUUCCUUUAAUCUCUCUCACAGUGAGGCUGGGAGAGAAGCAAACCGUGAUCCUGAGGGCUCAGACCUGUAAAGGAUUGGGAGGGAGAAGUGAAGAUUUUGGGUGAAGCUGAUGAAUUUAGGAAACCUAACAUUCCUUGUUAUGCACAUGUUGCAAUUCAUACUGGUGUUAAGUGUAAAUAUUUGAUGUGUUGGCAACAAGUCGUUGGCGAGAUUGCAAAUUGAACCUCUGUUUGGGAGGUUUCUUUUCUGACACGUGAGCUUUUUGGAGGUUGGCUUGGAGGUGACAUGGUGAUGAAGACUCCAAUCUUCAGGGACUGGGCUCGGUGACCCUGGUGGUCCGUUCCAGCCCCACGUGUAACCCUGUGGUUGUCUUUAGUGAUCCAACCGUUCUUUAGCCAGAUACUCCCUUUCUCACCUGACAGAACAGUUGUUUUAGCCGUUCAGUGCGGUGGGAUCUCUCAAGGGAGUCAGUGCUGGAGACUGACCCUGGGCCGUGCCAAUUGCUGGCUCCUGGCCACAUUAACCCACCCACUGCACAGUAUUCGGGCUCUUCCUCCCUGCAGGGUUUUGUGGUAUCUGGAGGAAAGUGCCCCAAAUUUCUGGUGCUGAAUAUGACUUUGCAUCAAACUGCAUCUGCUGUAUUUACCUGCCUGGGAGAAGGUGGGGCUGCCCUGGGCCUUGUUCCCCUCUUUAAGGACAGAUUGUGUUUCACAGACUUUGGUUUGUGGGCUGAGCCCUCACUCACGGCCGGCAAACGGAGAUGCUGAGUUUUGUCUUUUUUUAUAUAGGAGGGGAUGAUUUUAUUUUUUUUUCAAAUUGAAGAUGCUUUAUCCUUUUUUAUUUUGUGUUUACAAAGAAAAAAACAGCGCUAAUCUUAGCUGUUCCGCUGACUUUAAACUUGCUUUGGGAUUGUUCUUUUUAGAAGAAAUUAUGCAACCUUUUUGGGGUACACGCCUGUCCCCUUCCCAGGGAGAAGAUAUGGCACCUUCCAGGCUGUACAUGUCAUGAAUUCUGUACCUUCAGGAGGCUGCUGAGACACAGAGCAGAUGCCAAAUAGCACCAGAACACGUCCCGUUCUGUGUGCAGCUGAGGUGGAGCCAAUGCUUUAAUGCUCCUUCCACCCACCUCCCAAGUUUCCAGCAGCAGCGUUUCCCCAGCUCUGCUCACAUCAGUUCCGUGCCGUCAGAUCUGUGGUUUGGAGCCGGUACAGCGCUCACAACGCUGCCUUGUUGCAAAGGUCUCCCUUUUAGGUCUCGCAUUGGUAUUACUUAAUUGCAUUUUUUUCCCAAAAGAAAGUACCUGUGCUGCUCUCACUAAGUCAACCCAGCUCAGACAUUUUUCUUACCCAUGGAAGAAUAACCUGGGAUUCCCUGACAGGGUAGAGACAGUCAAGUUCAGUUUGCAAUGUGGACAUUUUUGCUAAUUGUGAUGUAUGGCAGUGGGGCUGAUUUGUAUACAAAUGUUAUUUAAUCUGUCUGUAUUUUGAUACUUGAAUUUCCUUUUAUUUCUUGUAUAUACAAUUGUUAAUCUGUUCGAAUUUGUCUGAAUUUUAAACAUCUUGUGGUACCAAACGUAACCAAUCUGUGCAACAACAUAGACUGACCUCACUACAACAAGGCGAGAUUGUAAAUAUUCCUGGGCUUCCAGCAGUCGUUUUGUUGUUUUCAUAAUUGUACAACUUAGAACAGACCGAAUUAAUAAACAACCUUAGACACAC